AUGCGUUUGUCAACUGUCACGUCCGGCCUCAUUGCCCUCGCGGGCUUGGUCCAUGCGCAGAAUGACACCGCAGAGAUCGCCCCCAUCCCCUUCCCAACCAGCUGCGCCGGGGUCCCCGCCAACCGAUUCCCCUUCAAGGUCCACGCCGACUGGCAAGUCACCAAGAUCCAGGGCAACCUCCAGCAGCCACGUGCCCUCGUCUUCGACAGCGCCGGCAACCUCCUCGUCCUGGGAAACAGGCAGGGCAUCAGCAUCCUCACCUUUGGUGCCGACGGCUGCAUUGCCAGCAGCAAGCUACUCAGUCAGAACAUCCGCUUCAGCCACGGUCUGAGUCUGAGCCCCGACGGCAAGAAGUUGUACGCUAGCUCUGAGACGAACGUCUGGUCCUGGGACUACGAUGCCGCUACUCAAGCCCUCACCAACCAGAAGACCAUUGUCAAGAACAUGAGCACCGGUAUCCACUUUACCAGGACCGUCCAUGUCGUACCUCACAAGCCGAACUUGAUCAUCGUGUCCGUCGGCAGCAACUCUAACUUUGAUAUGAAUGCUGCCAACAUGCGUGCCACUGUUAGGGUCUUUGAUGCUGACACUGCUCCCGCUGAUGGUUGGGAGUACAAUACCCAGGGGCACCAGCUUGGUUGGGGUCUCCGGAAUGAAGUCGCUCUCGCUUUUGACCCCAACGGCCACGUUUGGGGUGCUGAGAACAGCGGUGAUGACUUCCGGCGAACCGUCAACGGCCAGUCCACGGACAUCCACAUCGACAACCCUGCCGAGGAACUCAACUAUCUCGGUGACCCCGCCAUCCCCAAUGAGAAAUGGUACGGCUACCCAACCUGCUUCACCGUCUGGGACCCAACCGUCAUCCGCGACGCCUCCUUCAAGACGGGCGACCAAUUCGUCGUCUCGCCUAACGCCCAGUUCGACGACGCGCGCUGCAUCCAAGAGUCCGUGCCGCCCCGCCUCUCCUUCCAAGCCCACAGCGCCCCCAUCGACGCCGUCUUCGACAAGCCGGGCGAGAACCUCUACAUCACGUUCCACGGCUCGUGGAACAGGCAGCCCGCUACCGGUUACUCCGUCGUUCAGGUCCCCUUCACCCAGCUUGAAGACGGCAUUUAUGACCCCGCCGCUCCGCCUGAUAGCAUGUCCGGCUAUACUGAGAUCUUUGGCGCCCAGAACCCUGGCGCUUGCCAGUCGAUGAGUUUGACUAUGAGUACUUGCUUCCGUCUCGCGGGUAUCACUUUUGAUCCCUCUGGUACGAACCUGUAUGUUUCUAGCGAUAACCAGUCUGAGGGUGAGCUAUGGGUCCUCAAGAAGAAGUCGGCGUAA